CGUGUCCCGGAUGGUCGCGGGGCCGAGGGCUCGGCGGGCGCUGACCCCGGGUCAAGGCCAGGGAGCCCCCGGCCCCGCCGCGGAGGUGGGGAGUGGGCGAGUCCCGCGUGGAGGCAGAGUGCCCCCGGAAUGUGGGUGCGGAUAAGGAGCGUGCCCGCACGUGCGGGCGCCUGGCAGCCUCGUCAGCCGCAGGGCUGAGCCGCAGAAGGAAAGCGAUGUUCGGGUUCCCCGCUGCAAGGCAGGACAGCGGCGCGGCGGUGGCUGACCGGGCUCCGCGUGGGCACCAGGGAUUCGUGCCAGGCAUGCCCGGGGGCUUCAGCUGGUGACGCCGCUGGUUAUGGCAGUAACAGCGGAGCCAAGGGCGUGAUUAUAUCGGGAGAAGCAGAAAACGCUUUGGACAACCUACGACGCUCAUUCAGGUUAAGAACGCUUGAAAUGUAGUUGAGAGCCCUCUGCCUUCCGGAAGCCAGCUCUGUGCAUGCAGGUCUUAGGUCACCCUCCUGCCUAGGAAGAGAAGGGAAAGACAUCUCCAUCUCUGGGAUCCUUCUUCCUCCUCAGCUGAGCCUGCAGAGGACCAAGGCCCUGCCCAAGUAGGGAGCCUGGAACCAGAGGGAAUGGCCCCUGGGAGCCACAGACCCCCAGCCCAGGGGUUGGUGACAUUCAAGGAUGUGGUUGUGGACUUCACCCCAGAGGAGUGGGGCCUCUUGGACCAUUCUCAGAAAGAGCUGUACAAGGAGGUCAUGGGGGAGAAUGCCCGGAACCUGUUGUCCCUGGGACUUCCAGUUCCCAGGGAAGAUUCAAUCUCCCAUUUGGGACAAGGAGAAGCACCAUGGAUGCUAGAGAUAGAAGACCCCAGAACCUCCUGUCCAGGUGGAAAAAUGGGGCUUGAAAUGAGGGAGACAGCUGCCAAGCUGAGUAUUUCUGUGGAAGAAUCACAACAGCCAAGAUUCAGGAAUAAUGGUCAUUGCAACCUCAGUGUGAGAGAAAUCAAUGACUCUGAUACCAAGAAAGAGGAAAAACAAAAGAGUCACUGUGAAUUUCAUAAAGGUAGAAAGAGUUUCAGGCAAUGUUCAUUCCUAAUUCACUGUAAGGCAAGGGACUCAGAGAAUGGCUGUUGUCAGGAUAGUAAACAUAAGGAAUACUUUACUGAGCUGAGAGAGCUUGUUGAGUCUCAGGAGAAGACUCCUGAAGUGCAAACUUAUCAAUGUAAUCGAUGUGAGAUGGCCUUCAGCUUAAAAUCAAAGCUUAUUAGACAUCAGAAAAAUCACACUGAAGAAAUGCUUUGUACACAUAAUGACAGUGAGAAGGCCUUCAGCCAUAAUUCAAAGCUCAUUGACCACCAGAAAAUUCACAAUGGAAAGACAGAUUAUGAAUGUAAUGAACAUGGUAAAGCACUUAAGGGACUAUCACCACUUAUUUGCCAUCAGAAAUUUCAUACUAAUGAAAAGCUACAUAAGUGUAUGCAAUGUGGAAAAGUCUUCGGGCGACAGUCAUCCCUUAUUUCCCACCACAGAACUCAUACUGGAGAGAAAUCUCAUGAGUGUGGUAAAGCUUUCAGUGAAAACUCAUCUCUUAUUGUACAUCAGAGAAGAAAGAAAUCCUUUGAAUGUAAUCAGUGUGGAAAGACUUUCAAACAGAGCUCUAGUCUUACUGUACAUCAGAGAAUCCACACUGGAGAGAAACCUUAUGAAUGUAAUCAAUGUGGAAGGGCUUUCAGAUGUAGUUCUAAUCUUGUUCUACAUCAGAGAAUCCACACUGGAGAGAAACCCUGUAACUGUAUUCAGUGUGGAAAGACUUUCAGAUGCAGUUCUAGUCUAGCUAAACAUCAGAGAAUUCACACUGGAGAAAAACCUUAUGAGUGUUAUCAAUGUGGAAAGACUUUCAGACAGAGCUCCAACUUUGCUGAGCAUCAGAAAAUCCACACUGGAGAGAAACCAUAUGUAUGUAAUCAAUGUGGAAGGACUUUCAGAUGCAACUCCAAUCUUGCUCUACAUCAGCGAAUCCAUACUGGAGAAAAACCUUAUAAAUGUAAUCGGUGUGGAAAGACUUUCAGACAGAGCUCUGGUUUUGCUGAGCAUCAAAAAAUCCACACUGGAGAGAAACCUUAUGAAUGCAGUCAAUGUGGAAAGACUUUCAGAUGCAACUCUAAUCUUGUUCUACAUCAGAGAAUCCACACUGGAGAAAAACCUUAUAAAUGUAGUCAUUGUGGAAAGACUUUCAGACAGAGCUCUAGUCUUACUGAUCAUCAGAGAAUUCACACUGGAGAGAAACCUUAUGACUGUAAUCAGUGUGGAAAGGCUUUCAGAUGCAGAUCUAGUCUUGCUUUACAUCAGAGAAUCCACACUGGACAGAAGCCUCAUGAGUGUCAUGAGUGUGGUAAAGCUUUUAUUGAACACUCCUCCCUUAUUGUACAUCAGAGAAUCCACACUGGAGAGAAACCUUAUCUAUGUAAUCAGUGUGGAAAGACUUUUACACAGAGUUCCAGUCUUGCUUUACAUCAGAGAAUCCACAGUGGAGAGAAACCUUAUAAAUGUAAUCAAUGUGGAAAGACUUUUACAAACACAUCCAAUCUUGCUCUACAUCAGAGAGUCCACACUGGAAAGAAACCUUAUGAAUGCAAUCAUUGUGGAAAGACUUUUACACAAACCUCCAAUCUUGCUGAACAUAAGAGAAUCCAUACUGGAGAGAAACCUUAUGAAUGUAAUCAUUGUGGAAAGACUUUCAGAUGCAGCUCCAGUCUUGUUGAUCAUGAGAGAAUCCACACUGGAGAGAAACCUUAUGAAUGUAAUCAGUGUGGAAAGGCUUUCAGAUGCAGCUCCAAUCUGGGUAAACAUCAGAAAAUCCACACUGGAGAGAAACCGUAUGACUGUAAUCUAUGUGGAAAGACUUUUAGACACAGCUCCAGUCUUGCUCUACAUCAGAGAACCCACACUGGAGAGAAACCUCAUGAAUGUCAUGAAUGUGGCAAAUCUUUUAGGGAUCACUCAUCUCUUAUUGUACAUCAGAGAAUCCACACUGGAGACAAACCUUAUGAAUGUAAUCUGUGUGUUAAAACCUUCCGGCAACAGUCAUCCCUUAUUUCCCAUAGGAGAAUUCAUAGGAGAUAUGAACCGUAUCAGUGUAAUAAAUGAGGAAAGGCAUUAAGAUGGACUAUAAAUCUUGUCAAACAUCAUAAAAUUCAUUCUGCCCACGUGCUUAAUAGAAGACCUCUUGCUUCACCGUAGACCUCAUUAGACAACCCAAAUUUCAUACUGUGAAUAAAGCCCUAUAGGUGUAAUGGAUUUUUCUCUGAAAUGCUACUGUUUUCAAUUCUCAAUAAUAGUCCAUAUCAUUCAUAUACAGUAACUUCAUUAGCUGUUCCCCAAUUGAUUAAUACUCACUUGUUUCCUGUUCUUUGUUGACACAAGUAAUUCUUAUAAAAAUAUUUUGGUAACUGUUCGACAUUUGUUUCCGUAAUGAUUUCUUUAGGAUAAUAGGUGGUACAGUGGAUACAGUGUUGCU